AUGGCUCCAUCAGUGCUUGUCCAGCCGGCCACUUUGUCCAAUGCCGGAUUGAAAAAUGCGUGGAGCAGUGUCUCUGACUUUCCUCCCCACGCAGAGUCGCUCCUGGGGGCCACCCUGCUCUCCAAAAUCCAGAGCGUCGACCACAACACCUGUGAACCAGACGAGCUCGACCCGUUCUUUGUGUGCGACCUGGGCGAGCUGAAACGGCUUGUCAGACUCUGGCGCGCAGAAAUGCCCCGUGUCGAGCCCCUCUACGCGGUGAAGUGCAACAACGACGAAAAGCUUCUGCACACACUGCUCCAGAUGGGACUCGGCUUUGACUGUGCUUCCAAGACCGAGAUCCAGCAGAUGCUGUCCUUGGGUGCAGAUCCGGCCAAAAUCAUUUACGCCAACCCGUGCAAGGCAGUUCCCCACGUACGUUAUGCACGGCAAAAUGGCGUGAACCUCACUACUGUCGACAGUGUUGACGAGGUGCGCAAGAUAGCUGCUCACCACCCUGACUGCGGACUGCUUAUCCGCAUCCACACGGACGAUGCCGACGCCACGUGCCCGCUGUCUAUCAAGUUUGGCGCAUCAUUGCAGGAGGCGCGGAUUUUGGUUCAGGAGUGCGCCAAACUAAAGCUCAAUCUCAAGGGUGUCGCAUUCCAUGUCGGUUCGGGUUGCAAAAAUUUCAACACUAUCGAGACGGCCGUCAGGGACUCGCGGAUGGUCUUUGACUACGCCGAGUCGCUAGGCUACACCUUGAAGAUGCUCGACAUUGGAGGCGGAUUUUCGAAAGCCACGUUCCACGCCUCUGCGGCCGUUUUCCGGUCUGCCCUGGACACCCACUUUGCGGCAGAGGAGUUCCCAGAUCUUUACAUCUUUUCCGAACUGGGCCGCUUUUUGGCCGCUUCGUGCUUCACUCUCGCUGUCAACGUCACGUCCAAGCGCUCCGACGCCUUUCAAGAAAGAAUCUACGUGAACGACGGUGUUUACGGCAACCUCAACUGUAUUCUGUUUGACCAUCAGGAGGUUGAGCCGAAAGUGCUCACCUCGCAUGGCCGGUUUGUGUUCCACUCGAACUAUAACCAUCCAGAGAAGGAGUUGGCUGCGGCAGCCAACCCAUUCAAACAGUACUCUGUCUGGGGUCCGACAUGCGACGGACUGGACUGUAUUAGUCCAAACUGUAAGCUGUCCCAGGAGGUUGUUGCUGGCGAUUGGUUGUAUUUCAAGGAUACAGGCGCCUACACGUCUGCUGCAGCCACCAACUUCAACGGCUUCAGUGCAAAUAGUGAGUGUUUAUACAUUGACAGCUACCAAUAG